UUAAAAGGGAAAAAAACCCUCUGAGAAAAAAUAAUGAAAAUGAAAAUAGCAUGUUUCUAAUUGCAUUCAGAGUCCAUCAGUUCUUUGGCUCUGGAUGGCAUUUUACACAAGUGCUUCGGAACGGUAUUGGAUUUCCCUAUUGCUGAGAAGAGCAAAGUCUAUCAUAGCUGAUUAUCGCACAAUGUUGCUAUUGCUGUGUACCCCGUCCACUUGGUUCUGCUCGCUUCACUCAGCACCAGUUCUUCCAAGUCUUUCCAAGUUUUUGUGAAAUUUGUCUGCUAGCACAGUGGUAUCCCAUUACAUUCUCGGACCACAAUUCGUUCCGCCAUCCCCCAAGACAUUCGUCCUCUCGGUUUCCCAUUCUUUGCCACUACUAGAGUUGCAAUAAAUCUUUUUGUACUUAUGCUAUACAUAGUUCGUACAUUUUGAUCUCUUUGGGAUACAGACCCAGUAGAGAUACUGCUGGAUUAAAGGGUAUGCGUGGCUUGAUUGCCCUUUAGGCGUAGUUCCACAUUUCCCAUCGAUUUUCUUUUUUUCAUCACAACUCUCGGAGAUAAGCAUUAUUAUCAUUUCUGUCACUUUAAGGUCUGCAAAUAUCUCAUUUGAUCAUCACAACAACGGCGGGGAGGGGGGCACGUCUCAAUUAACAGAAGAAACUGAGUCAGAAGGAAGAUAAAUGGGAGGGACCCACGGAAUGAGAUGUUUGAAAAACGCUUUGCAAACCUUACACUAUAAAACCAUUAGCUGUUUAUAGUAUUAAUAAAAUCUACCCUACUUAUAAAAACGUGAAUUGUUUCCUUGAUAGUGGGAGAAAUUAUUUCCCCUUGGAUCUGAAGGGCCUUUCUGCCAGGCCUCGGUAGGGGACUGGUGGGGGCGGGCUUCGCGGCAGACUGGCAGGACCCAUUCAUUCUGCCUCGGGCCGGGUCGGGUAUGUUUGGGGGCACUCUUUUUCCUGCCCUGGCAGCCGGGUGGCGGAAGGUUACAUAGCUUUCUGCUAGACAUAACUUUCUGCUUGGAUUUCCGAGAACAUGCCAAGGGCGGGGCCAGCUGCCGCGGGAGGCUGGGCUAGAGGUCCUUGGGGCGGGACGGAGGUGCCCCUUUGAGUGGGGCGGCGGAAGGAACCGGCUCACUUGCCUCUGGGACAUUCGUCCGGCUCGUGAGGCUACCGCUGUCCGCGCGCAGCCUAGCGCCCUCCGCUCUCGCAGCCGCCGCGACAGCUGCCCAGAUCCCGAGCAGUGGGCGCGGGGUCCAGGCAGGGCGCGCGCACGCACUCGCGGCUCGCACGCGCGCACGCGCCGCUCCCGACUGGGUCCGUGUGUGAGGGGGGCGUGCUCGAGGGAGAAGGCGCGGAGUCCGCGCGCGACCCCGGCCCCGGCCCCGGCCGCCCUCCGCCCGGCCUCGCAGCCCCGGCCUCCGGGCCGGGCCCCGGAGCCGCAACCAUGUCCAAGGAGGCGCGGGCCGGGCACGAGGAGAUUAUGGAGGCGCAGGUGAUGUGGGAGCCCGACGGCAAGAGGAACGCACAGAUGGACCGCUUCCGGGCGGCCGUGCGCUGCGGCCGCGGGCCAGUGCUGGCCAAUUAUAACGAAUUGUAUCAGUGGUCGGUGGAGUCAUACUCAGAUUUCUGGGCAGAGUUCUGGAAAUUCAGCGGAAUUGUCUUCUCCCGUAUGUAUGAUGAGGUUGUUGAUACAUCGAAAGGAAUUGCUGAUGUACCCGAAUGGUUCAAAGGUAGUCGUCUGAAUUAUGCUGAAAACCUUCUGAAGCAUAAGGAAAAUGACAAGAUUGCCCUGUAUGCUGCAAGGGAAGGCAAAGAGGAAAUUGUGAAGGUGACUUUUGCAGAAUUAAGACAACGUGUGGCUUUAUAUGCUGCAGCUAUGAGGAAAAUUGGAGUGAAAACAGGAGACAGGGUGGUUGGUUAUUUACCAAACAGUGUUUAUGCGGUGGAAGCGAUGCUGGCUGCAGCGAGCAUUGGGGCCAUUUGGAGUUCUACGUCCCCGGACUUUGGAGUGAAUGGUGUACUGGACAGGUUUUCCCAAAUUCAGCCGAAACUUAUCUUCUCUGUAGAAGCUGUUGUUUAUAAUGGCAAAGAACAUAACCACAUGGAGAAGCUGCACCGGGUUGUUAAAGGGCUUCCUGACUUGAAAAAAGUGGUAAUGAUACCAUAUGUGAGCUCCAGUGAGAAGAUUGACAUUUCGAAGAUUCCUCAUAGCAUAUUUCUAGAUGACUUCCUUGGAGCUGGGAAAGGAGACCAGGCCCCCCAACUGGAGUUUGAGCAGCUGCCUUUCAACCAUCCCCUCUUUAUUAUGUUUUCCUCGGGUACCACUGGUGCUCCAAAGUGCAUGGUGCAUUCCGCUGGGGGUACCCUAAUCCAGCAUCUCAAGGAACACAUUCUUCAUGGGGACACAACUAGCAGUGACAUCAUUAUGUACUAUACCACCACUGGCUGGAUGAUGUGGAAUUGGCUGGUGUCUGUGCUUGCAACAGGAGCUUCCGUGGUGUUGUAUGAUGGUUCUCCCUUGGUCCCAACAGCUAAUGUGCUCUGGGAUUUGGUGGACAGACUAGGAAUCACAAUUCUUGGAACUGGAGCCAAAUGGCUAUCAGUACUUGAAGAGAGAAACUUGAAACCAGUGGAAACCCACAAUCUUCAGACUCUUCACACUAUUCUGUCUACAGGAUCCCCUUUAAAAGCCCAGAGCUAUGAGUAUGUUUACAAAUAUAUUAAGAAAAGUGUCCUCCUUGGAUCUAUCUCAGGUGGGACUGACAUAAUUUCCUGUUUUAUGGGUCAAAAUGUUUCAAUUCCAGUUUAUAAAGGAGAAAUUCAGGCCCGCAAUCUGGGCAUGGCAGUGGAAGCAUGGAGUGAGGAAGGAAAGGCAGUAUGGGGUGAGAGUGGUGAACUGGUUUGCACAAAACCAAUACCCUGCCAACCUACAUACUUCUGGAAUGAUAAGAAUGGUAUCAAAUACAGGAAGGCUUAUUUCUCUAAGUUCCCAGGUGUUUGGGCCCAUGGUGACUACUGUAAAAUAAAUCCCAAGACUGGAGGGAUCAUCAUGCUUGGUCGGAGCGAUGGGACGCUCAACCCUAAUGGAGUCCGCUUUGGCAGCUCUGAAAUUUAUAACAUUGUUGAAGCCUUUGAGGAAGUCAUGGACAGCCUGUGUAUCCCACAGUACAAUAAGGAUGGGGAAGAGAGAGUGAUCCUGUUCCUGAAGAUGGUUCCUGAGCACUCAUUUAGUCAGGACUUGGUGAAGAGGAUUAAGGAUGCCAUUCGCCUCGGCUUGUCAGCCAGACACGUCCCCAGCUUCAUCUUGGAAACCAAAGACAUCCCGUAUACAAUCAAUGGAAAGAAAGUGGAAGUUGCGGUGAAACACAUCAUUGCUGGGAAAUCAGUGGAGCAGCGUGGCUCUUUCUCCAACCCUGAGUCUUUGGACUUGUACCAGAAUAUUCCUGAGCUUCAGAAUUUCUAAAUGUGACUGAAUUGUGCAUCUCUCUGACACAUUUGUACAUAGAAUUCUCCUGUCUUCUAAAAUUAUUUAAAUAUUGAGGAUUCUUUCAAGAAGGAAACUUACACAAAGUGCUUUAUAAAAAUAGAUUUAUUUAAAAAAAGCUUUAUAAAAAUAGGUAAAUGAUUUUCUCUUCAGCAGUUAAAUAGUUCUUGUAUCCUGCAUCUUUGACAACUUGAAGAAUAAUUCUGCUUUUUAGAGGGAAAGGUAGCUUUGGGGGUGGGGUUAUUUAUCUAUAUGUAUAUUUAGUUAAAGAGAGGCUUUGAAUGUGUGCAUGACUGCACACGCAAACACACAAACACACAUAAAUUGUAUAUAGGAGUGUAUGUGUAUAUGUUAUGACCAUUAUUCAGUGACAAGAUAAUAGGAAGUUGAGGGCCUGGCUAAUGUUCUAGGUGAACUGAAACACUAUCAUAUAAUUCCUUAUCUUGAGAAGUGACAAGGAUUUUAGAUUCAUGCUGAGAGCUUUCCAGUGAAUCUCUUAAAUGACCUUGUUCACUCCUCAAGGGGAAGGUGAACCUCAGGACUUUAAAAAUGUAGUUUAUGUUUUACUUUAUACCUUAGGCAGUUCCUCAGGAGAUGCUACUCUGUCAUUGAGCAUCAGCAGUUCCUUAGACAGUCUAGGUAUAUAGCCUCUAGUCCCAGAACUGUUCAGAGUUGAUUGCUGCAAUCUCUCCAAUUGAGUGACUGUUAGAUUGUGUUAUAUGUGCCUGUGCUAGUCUGACACAACUCAUUGAACCAGAUUUAUGAAGAAGCUGCACUUUCCCAUUGACAAAUGGAUUUUAAUAUUUCAUAGGACUUUCCUAUUGAAUUGAUUUUUAAUUUUUAGUAGUUUAAAAAUUUUUAAAUGUGAUUGUGAAGUGUUAACUUGUGUGUUUUGGGGAUAGACAUUUGUACCAUUGGGUGACGUUCCUUUUCUAGAAGUACAAAUGGAGACAUUGCCUUGUGAAAUGUGUUUGGCCUUGGUGAUGAGGUGUGUUCUUCUGGCAUUGAGGCUGGCCCUGGAUUCUGGGAGAGAUGGAGAUGAGAUGCCCAGUAAUGUGGCUGAGCCUUUGUGCCCUCAGGAAAAUACUCCUUUGGUUUCUGAUAUUAUUGUACUUUCUGGAUAUGUUGAUUUCUUUAGUUUCAUGUUGAAAUUUCAUUUAUUAGAGCUUCCCAUAUUAUACCAACAAAUUAUUUUGGUGAACUCUUUAUUUUAUCCUGUUAGGGGUUUUUUAUAAACUCUGGUAUUUGUUUUUGUAUUUUUUCAACCAAGUACAAUAUUCUGAAUAAAAUUAAUCUAUAAGUUCACUUUUUUUCUUCCAGGUUGUAGUACAAAGGGGGAAAGUGCUGUUAGGAAUAUGGUGCAACAAAUAAAUGAAUAUAUCUAUAUAUUAUACAUAAAUAUAAAUGCCUAUCAUUUUGUAAAAGGAAGAACCCGCUUAUUUCCACUUACAUAUUGAUUUAUUGUCAUAUUGAUACCUACUUCCCCUCAUCAACAAGUUUUGCAUUUGUAAUCAAUUUUUAAUAAUAGUAAUUAGCUGUUCUGAGCCAUUGGUGUUCCCGAAUAAAAGUACUCUGUGUCUA